AUGACUACAAACAGCGGUGCAGAACUAGAAGAAUUAGAAGAUUGUGACGCACGUUCUGUCAGCUUGGGAAUUGUAGACGAUUAUAGUAUUGCAUUCGAGUUACCUUUAAAACCGAAAUUUCUACAGAGUGAAAAUUUCUCAGAUUUAGCAAGCGACUGGGAAAAGUCCAUGCCAGAUACACCUGGGCCAUCAAGCAGCAGUAAGCCUGACAACAUGCAGUUUGAAGAUGCAGCUGAUAAUAGUACUUCAAAGAAUAGGGUACACGUAGAGCAGUUGUUGCGAUCUGCCAAUGAAAUGAAUAAUUAUUUGGCACAGAACAUGGAAAAGAUAAACGACUUCCAAGUAGGGUUAUUAAAUGGAGGGAAAGGGUUGUAUAGUGCAAUGGGCGAUGAUUCAAGUGCAUGUCUCAACGCAACCAAUUUGAGUUCGACAUCGAACUUUGAGUUAAGUGACGAUGAAUUGGAAGAUACGACUGGUUGCACGAGUUCUAUCUUUGAUAAAAAUCUAUUACAUCAACAAAGUGGAUUGAACAUAACUCGACGUAAAUCGCCGCUAUCUAAACCUCAUAAUCCUAGUUUUGAAAUUGGCGAUUCUCCCGAUAUAGACAAGCACAAUGUCAAAGAUUUCGAUUUUUCCGAAUGCAGUAGCAUAACAAGUUUUGAUAUAGGAGGUCUACAUAUCAGGCCACCACACGGUGAAGAAGAGGACAAGUUGGAAGAAGACCGCGAUGAACAAGAAGAGAGUAAUACAGAAAGCGAAAACCCAUUAUUACGUGGAAUACCUAGCGAUACAGAAUUGCCGCAUAUAUCAGUUGAAGAAGCUUUGGCAAACUUUAGCGGCACGAUAAAUCUAAUACUAGAACUUAGUAAGAGUGAAAACUGCACCAUUUCUAAUAAUAAGGAGACGGAAAAAGAAUACGCAAACUUUUACAUGAAGAGCAAACCCUCUUUGUCAUCGGUGGACUUUCUUAAGAGGGUUCAAGACAAAUGCGAAUAUGAGUCAACGGUUUACCUUGUAGCGACAUAUUUAAUGGACACAAUAUUUUUGACUAGAAAUGGUAGUGACGUUUUGCAAUUGAAGCUGAAAUUGCAAGAAAAGGAGAUCCAUCGGAUGAUAAUAGCAACAGUGAGACUAAGCACGAAGCUAUUAGAAGACUUCGUUCAUUCACAUGAGUACUUUAGCAAAGUAUGUGGCGUAUCUAAACGACUUCUUAGCAAGUUAGAAGUCAGCCUUUUAGUUUGCUUGUCCGAUAGUGAAUUAAUGAUAAGUAAUAAAAAACUGGUCGCGUCCGGACGAAUUCUGGAUGAACUACGGUCUUCCUGUAAAUAG